AUGCCCCAGGUGGCUGCUGAGAGAAAUUCAACAUCGGGUUCAACAUCCAAUAAUGCUGACCUGAGUUGGGAGAUUGAUGAUAUGGCCGAGAGCUCUAGUACCAUCAACAUGCCGAUUUCGAAUACUGACGACCCCUCUUCGUGGGACGAACAACAUACAAUUUCCAAAUAUAGCAAUUUCAAAGGUUCUGGUGAAUCAGUUGAUGCUCUCGAGGCUAUGAAGGAAGUCUUGGAAAUAAUUUUGCAGAACGAUAUUCAAGGUCCACAAUUACUUCGCCUUAAUAGCGAAUUUAGCUUGGAACUUGGAAAAGGGACUCAAUUCAGGGUAACAGGUGCAUCAAAAGAAUUUCGAUCAAAGCUCAAGCGUGCUCGGAAGCUCGAUAAUGUAGAGCUCUCUCAAGAAAAAGCCAUUCUUUGGGAUACGCUAGAUACACUGGCCAACUCUGUUGUAAAGCGAGCACUAUGGACUCCAGAUCUGACCAAUCGUCGAUUUCUUUCUGAAGCUCAUGGUGAAAAUCUUUCAAAACAGGAUAUGGCGAGAGAACUAGAGAGCCAGCUCCGGUCGGCUAAAAAAGAAAUUGACAAGCUUUGCAAUAAAUCAUAUAGAGAGCACCCUAACAUAAUAUCAUUCGAAAGUCUCAGUAAGAUUUGUAGCGAUAUAGGAACUGGACUGGGAGCUCUACACGCUGGCAAUGUCACUCACGGAGACAUGAAGCCCGAAAAUGUUCUGUUGUUUGCUGAUGACUCAUUGAUACAAUCAGAAGUGGCCUGGACAGCAAAGUUGUGCGACUUUGGCAAUGCCGAGUCAAAAUCAUGGCAAAGAUCAACCGUCAUUGAUAGUCUUGAUGCAUCGCAGAUGUACUCCCCAAAGACAAAAGCAUCCGAGCAUUUUGCAUACGCAGGAACCCCAGGCUGGAUUCCUCCAGAAGCAUACCCCGAGAAAGGUUCCUUCAAGACCUUUGAUUUUGAAAACUUGAAGCGUUGCGAUAUCUAUGUCUAUGGACUUAUUUUGUGGCGCAUGUUUCAAAAUGACAAUGAACGAGGCGAUUACGAUAACGGAAGUAAGAAGCGCAAACCGAAUCGCAGACACUUGGUUGACGGAGAAAAGAUAACCCAGUAUCUACCUCCAUAUGAUCUGGCAUACAAAGAUGCAGCCAAAGCCAUCAAAAAAGCAACGGAUGUCGGGAAAAUACCUACAUCGAACGACAUGUGGCGGAUGCUCCGGGUUGUUAGGGCAGCGCUGCAGCCGAUACCUAAAUACCGAGACUCCCGUCCCUGGAAGUUUUUCGACACGAUAUAUUAUUCAAGGAUUCGAUCUUUCCAGGAAAAUCCAAUGCGAGAUGAAGUUAGAAGUGAGACAUACGAAAUAUUUUACAGAAAUGUUAGGCACAAUCGUGAUAUAGUCUCUGAUUUGAGUCUCAGAACAUCACGUCGGCUGUGGGAGACACGUUUCUUCUCGGAUUUGCCAGGUCCAAUUCUAUCGAUUUACACCUAUAUCAGACUGAGACUUCCAUCUUCAAUCGAAAAGCCGUCACGCCAGAAAGCUUUCGAAAAUUUGUACGCCGUCGCCUCAUCCAAGCUUUCACUCAAUUGGAGCUUAGGAGACAUUUCACAAUUGGAUCAUGCAGGAGCAAGUUGCUACUCUUUUGCAGAGCUAUCCUCAGAACUUGAGCAUAUGUCUGGAUGGUGGGAUACUAGAAAUUAUGGUUUAGAAGAUUUCCAUAAACUUUACGCGCUCGCUCGACUGCGUAGUAGAUUCAAGGACUGCUGUUGGCAAAGCUGGACCACAAGUUCUGGGAAUUUCAAUACAUUAGCGCGACUUUUAUGCUUUACAAAACCUACAGCGGUUAACCCCAGACUUGGAAUACGUCACUAUUCAAGCUGGUUAGGAUCUUCUAUCAGAAAUGAUUUUUCUGCCCUUGCAUGGCUGUGUAGGGGGGAGGUCGGUGAGCGGGAAUUGAGAGAGAUAGCCAACUCAGAAGUCUAUUCAUCCCGUCUUUGGCUGUGGACAUGUAAAAGAGAAAUUUCGUUGUCAUAUAGACUGGAUCUUUUCCACCUCUUUGUUGAGAAAGGGUGUUAUGUUGGCCCUCAUUUCCGUCAAUUUCUAGAAAGCUUGGUGGAAGAAUCGGAGUCAAUCCACACGAAUUAUAGUUAUAUAAUCAGUGCAUGCGCUAAGGUCAUGCAAUUCUCCCAGGUAACCUUGAGCCCGAAACCUGAUCAGAACCCGACCACUAUGGCGAUGCGCCGAUUUUUUCUCAAGGGAGAAUCCCCUGAUCAAACAGAAGAUGAAGUUGAUGAUUAUAAUACAAGUACAAUACUGCAUGAAGCAGUGAUUGCUUGUUGUUAUCCUGCGGUUGAACACUUUGUUCAGUGCGCCGCAAUUCCUCUUAUGUUACGUGAUAGGGCUGGAAAAACGCCACUCGAACUCGCUCUUGAGGCAAAGAAGAGUCACCUAAAACAAUGGCAACUGCUUCAAAUCAACGCAAUAGUGGGGAUCCUCUCCAAAACCUCAAAAUUAAAGGCCCCUAUAUCUGCGUUACCUCUGGGAUGGGAAUCUCUCCAACUUAGAGAUGGUGUCGAUGUAUUUUUUGAAUCGACGGUGAACCCAAAAAUUCCAUCGUUGACUUUUCAAGCUCCGAAAUUCAGUCUUUUGCAAGAAGCUCGGAUACCACUUGGAUCUAGGAAUUCUGGUUAUGGAGGACUGACAUAUAAUUUUGAUCUAGUACGUUUUAUGCACCGACCUUUGCUAGAUCGGCUGAAAGAUGCUCCCAUCAAAUUCGGCGAUGUUUGGUACGAAUCUGAAUGCCCAGGACUUCAUUCCUCUGUGGGAGCCUCCAUGAAGAAACUCUGGAUUCGAGUGAUAAUUCAAAUCUUCAAUGCCGCUAGGAUUGUUUUUUUCCGAAGCUAUCUCGAUAUCCUGCUGAUAUUUCUACCAAUAACCCUAUUUCUCUCAAGAGAUAAAGAGCAAAAUAGCAUUUUACUGGCCAUUUCUUUGUUGGCAGCAGUACCUAUUAUAGGGAGUCUGGAAGCUGCCCUCAAAGAUCUCCAUCCUGUGCUACAAGACUCCACUAACCAGACGCUAAUCUCGAGAGCCGGUAGCUGUGCUGCUGAAGCCUGUAUCGGUAUUAUAACAAUUAACCGAGGGGACACUGAACUCAUCAAAUAUUUUCUUGCUGGUACUGUUAUCUGUAAUCAGCUGCUCUUACCCGGCAUUUGCUUUGUUGCUGGCGGUAUUCAUAACAUUAGGGCUGGGACGUCGAUGGGCAUAGAACAACGAUUUAACGACACAAGUAUUGGUCUAACCUCCACACUAGCCGUAAUAGCAUCGGUAUUCUCGACGAUUGUUUUCUUUUUCGCAGAGACGCAAGAUACUUCCUCCCCACGAUUAGAAGCAGACAUCAUAUUCUUAUCCCGAGCCAUUGCUAUCGUGUCCCUUGUUCUAUUUGUAAUAUGGCUUGUCUUUCGACAUUAUACUCACACCUAUAUCUUCAAUGAUGACUUUCGGGAUGGAUACGAUGAUGAGCAUAGUCGUCCUAAUGUUGCAAUUUCUCGUUUCAAUAACACACUCGUGGCAAUCAUUUUCAUUGUUUUAUUGGCAAUGCAAAGUCGUAUUAUUGUGGCAUCAUUACAAGGUUUUGAUCCCCAAAACAAACGUGCUUUGGCUUUUGUUUGCAUACCACUCCUUCUUCGCUUUUCUAAACACGUCGAAGCUUUCAAGUCGUCAGUUAAAGAUGAUAUGGAUCAUACAUUAGACUUGACCUUGGGGUUUACGGUGACAAUUGGCCAUUUUGUAGGCCCUUUGCUGGUUGUACUGUCUUGGUCCAUGGGCAAAACGUUGACCCUGCUUUGUGAUUUAUACUGCACAACAGUCAUCGCGCUCAGCAGUCUCAUAAUCAAAUACGCAGUUACGAAUGGGACAUCCAAUUGGCUCAACGGAAUGUUAUUGAUCGUGGUGUAA